UUUCAGCAUCCAGGCACGGAUCCUCCUCUCCCAGCUCCGUAUAACAGCUCAGGGCCCCGCGGCCUGCAGGAUGCGGCCGGGCAGGGAUCAGGCCCGGUAGCCAUGGCAGCGGGGUAUUUAUUACAGCCCUGCCUCGCCACCCAGGGCUGGCGGACUUUAGCCCUUCUCCACACCGAACGCAGCAGCCGCCCGUCCCCACAGCCUGAAACACACGGAAGGCCCCAAAACAAUGGCAAAAUUUCUGUCGCAGGAUCAAAUUAAUGAGUUCAAGGAAUGCUUCUCCCUGUACGACAAGAAACAAAAAGGCAAGAUCAAAGCCAGCGACCUGAUGGCCGUGAUGCGGUGCCUGGGAGCCAGCCCGACGCCAGGGGAGGUGCAGAGGCACCUUCACCUGCACGAGAUCGAGCAAAAUGCAGAACUGGACUUCUCCACUUUCCUGAAUAUAAUGUACAGGCAAACAAAGCAGGAGGAGCCCGAGAAGGAAAUCCUCACGGCCUUGUCCAUGAUAGACAGGCAGAAGAGAGGGGUCAUCGCUGUCUCAGAGCUGAGGGCCAAGCUGACAAACUUGGGAGAAAAACUCUCCGAGGAAGAAGUUGAUGAUCUGCUAAAAGAGGCUAAAAUUGGACCAAAUGGAACAAUAAAAUAUGAAGAAUUUGCCCACACCAUUUGUAUUCCUACAGUCGACUACUGAAAUUCAGAAGAGAUUUGAUAGGGGCAGGACCUGAAACUAUUUUUUUCAUUUUUUCCUCCUUACUGUUUGGACUCGGGAAUCAUUUGCCUUUAAGGAUCCCUAUUCUGCCUUGCGAUUGCACUUACACAGGUCCCCACCCCAUUUCCAGAGAAACGCUGCUGCGAAGUGUGAGCUGAUAUUUAAAUAAACUGGAUGUAACAUUC